AUGUCUGAAACAGAGUCGGCUACUCAAACAGAUCAAGUUGUGCCUCCAGCAGUGCAGGAACAGGCAGCUGGAACAGGCACUCUGGAAGAACCAGCCACCACAACAGAUGCAGGCACCACUAGCACCGAACUAGCUGCUUUGCAAUCUCAGAUGGCUGAAAUGGAACAGGAAGCUGCUAAACUCCGUGAAUUGCAACAGCAGCAGGAGGAUCAGCAGCAGGAGUUGAUCGACAAGGAAGAGGUGGACUCCAAGAGUAUCUAUGUGGGCAACGUAGACUACGACAGUACACCCGAAGAAUUGCAGAAACAUUUCCAGGCAUGUGGCAGUAUUAACAGAGUCACCAUAUUGACUGACAAGUUUACUGGGAAUCCAAAGGGGUUCGCCUAUAUCGAGUUCUCUGAUCCAGCCUAUGUGACAGAAGCGUUGAAUCUUAACGACUCUCUAUUUCGCGGAAGGAACCUGAAAGUUACUGCCAAAAGGACAAAUAUCCCGGGCUUUGCUCGUGGAAGAGGCAGAGGUGGAUUUAGAGCAAGAGGAAGAGGCAGAGGAAGGGGAGGCUUUAGAGGUGGAUUCAGAGGUGGCUCCAGAGGUAGAGCUCGUUUCAAUCCAUACUAA